AUGGAGAUUUGUGUACCAGAAGUCAGUGUGGGACCUGCCCAGUCCUGUCGGGAGACAGUAUUGUUGGGGCUGAUUGGCAGAACUCCAGACUCCUGGCUAAAGAGGAAACGUGGGAUUCCACACGGAAUCCGAAGCCACACGGUGUUUCCGAUCGAAGAGGCCGCCCAGGACUACAAGCUGCGGAACUACAGUCCCCGCCUCGCCCCUCCCACCCUUGGCAACGCUGACCGAGGGCAGCCUCCCCGCUCCCGCCACUCCCGCAUUUUAGAAAGGAAUGCAAUUUGCCAGUCUCCUGAGCUGCCGCCCUCCUUUCUGGCACGCAGCCGCCUAACUGAGGAGCGGCUUGAUGGCGAGCAAGCUCUUCCUCCAGGGGGCUCGAACAUAGGGCAGGCGCAGCCCCAGAGCUCCGCACCGGCGCCGCCCGAGGCUGUGAGGAACAGAGCGGGGGGCUGCGAGGGCUUCCGCAAAGAGAUGCCUUGCAGGCUUCGGGCCUUGCUCCAGACGCGCCUGAUUGAACUCGAGGGGGUCGACUGUAGAGGCUUGCGCUUCCUGAGCCCCCCCCUCAGUUCAUCUGCCCGGGGUACCGAUACAGUUGAUCCAUCCGGGGCCAGGAGAGGGGGACUCUGGGUCGCCAUGGAGAACCCGGUGGAAAGCCUGCACAGAGAAGCCACGUGCUCCGUGUGCCUGGAGUAUUUCCGAGACCCGGUUUCCAUCCCUUGCGGCCACAGCUUCUGCCGCGCCUGCAUCACCCAGUGCUGGAAGGAGCAGGGCACCAACUUCUCCUGUCCGCAGUGCCGGGAAGUUGCCCUGCAGAGGAAUUUCAGGCCCAACAGGGAGCUGGGAAACGUGGUAGAAAUCACCAGGCGGCUGAGUUUGCACGCCUUGCAAGGGGCCGCUGGGCAGGAAGGAGGAGAGGAGAGGCCGCUGUGCGAGAAGCAUCAGGAGGCGCUGAAGCUCUUUUGCAGCGAAGAAGAAAGCCUGAUCUGCUGCAUCUGCAGAGAGGCGCGCGCUCACCGAAGCCACACGGUGUUUCCGAUCGAAGAGGCCGCCCAGGACUACAAGAAGGAAAUUGAAUGCCGUCUGCAGAAGCUGAAGGAAGAGCUGGAGAAACUUCUGCGAUUAAAACUGGCUGGCGAGGUUAGACAUCAGGAAUCCCUGAGUCAGACAGACACUGAGAGACAAAAGGUGGUGAUGGAAUUUGAGCAAGCGCAUCACUUUCUGGAUGAGCAGGAGAAGCUUCUGCUGGCUCAGCUGAAGGAGAUGGAGAGGGAGAUUGUCAAGCAUCAGAAAAUAUACGACACAAAGGUUUCUGAUGAAAUCGUUGCUCUCACUAUCCUGAUUGAUGAGAUAGAAGAGAAGGUAGAGCAGCCGGACAGUGAAUUCCUUCAGGAUAUCAGAAGCACAUUGUGCAGGUUUGAUAAGGAGCCCUUUCAAGUCCCUGAGGGGAUGCCAGUCAAGAUGGAAAAGAGACUAGAGGAGUUCUCCGAGAAAAAUACAGUGCUUGCAGAAAUGCUGAAGAAUCUCAAAGACACUCUGCCAUCAGAACUAGGAACUGAAUGGGUGAACAUAACCCUUGACAAGGACACAGCAAACCCCCAAGUCAUCAUUUCUGAGGAUCGAAAAAGUGCGAGAUGGGAUGUCACCCGGACAGAUGUGCCACAUAAUCCUAAGCGAUUUAAGUCCUCUUGCUGUGUGCUGGGUUGUGAAGGAUUCACAGCAGGGAGACACUAUUGGGAAGUCAAUGUGGAAGAUGGAGGCAUCUGGGCCAUAGGAGUAGCCAGGGGCUCUGUGAGAAGGAAGAUAGAACUCAAACUCACCCCAGAGGAAGGGAUUUGGGCCUUGCAAGGAGAUUUCGGUCAAUACCAGGCGCUCACCUCACCUGUAACAGCUCUGCCGCUCCUUUGCACUCCCAGAAGGAUCAGAGUAUUUCUGGAUUAUGAAAGGGGGCAGGUAGAAUUCUUCAACGCUGACACAAAAGAUUCAAUCUUCCUUUUUUCCUCAGCAUUGUUUGCUGGCGAGAGAAUUUUCCCCUUUUUCAAGGUGUUGCUUGCUCAGCUGACGCUUGAUGGCUGAAGAGUUUCCUUUGAGGAAGAUGGCAUUACAUCAAAUCUGAAAUUGAGAGGGGUUUAAAGGAAGAAUUAUGCAUGUUGAAUGAAGUUCUGGUCUGCACUAAUAGCUGCAAGUACUAAAAAGUGGAAGUGGUUUCUACAGAUGUAAUUAGCGUAGAUCAGUGUGGUGCCAUGUUGUGUAUACGACACUGAAUGUGGAUGAUGUCUGCACUGUAAUCUAGGAAGUGGAUUAGAACAAGUGGCUUUAAUUAUGUAGUAGCCUGCAAAGUUGUGUAUUUUUGUCCAUUCACCAGUCCCUCAUGUUGUAACAGGUCCUUAUCAUUUUGUCAAAGAAGUUGGUUUGAACAUCAUCUGAUGCCUCUGGUUUUUGUCUAUUACUCAUUUUUAAUGAUGUUACCCUUUAUUGGGU